AUGUGAACCGCUCCAGCAUCCCUGCGUGCGGCUAUGGUGCAAAUGUAUAUCUAGAAAAUCAAUCAGAAAAUAUGUAAGAAAGAAAGGACAGGAAAACGAUAGAAAAAUGUACCUUUGCUCCGCGUUAGCAUUUGCAAUGAGAAGGGGACCGAUAUGACCGGGCGGACUGUCUGCGGUGGCUCUCUAUGGAAAGGGGAUGCUAUUCUGAGGGAAAUGCGGAAUCUUUUUCUCUGUAGGUGUUAACGUUAGGAAAUUACAAGAUGAAGAAGCAAUUUAAUCGGAUGCGACAGCUCGCCAACCAAACGGUGGGCAGGGCAGAGAAAACAGAGCCGUUGAGCGAUGACCUGUUACAGGUGGAGAAGCGUCUGGACCUCGUCAAGCAGGUGACCCACAGCACUCACAAGAAGCUGACGGCCUGUCUCCAAGGGCAACAAGGGGCCGAGGGGGAGAAGAGAUCCGUCAAGUCCCCGUCGAAGAAGCUGCCCCUCACCAUGCUGGCCCAGUGUCUGGUGGAAGGAGCCGCCGUACUGGGGGACGACUCCCUCCUGGGGAAGAUGCUGACGCUGUGCGGGGAGACGGAGGAGAGUCUGGCCCAGGAGCUGCUCCAGUUUGAGGUCCAGAUAGAGAGGGACGUGGUGGAGCCCCUCUUCGUGCUGGCCGAGGUGGACAUCCCCAACAUCCAGAAACAGAGGAAGCACUUAGCGAAGCUGGUCCUGGACAUGGACUCCUCCCGGACAAGGUUCCACCAGUCGUCCAAGUCCUCCAGCCACCCCAGCACUCUGCAGCCCGGCGCCAAGGCCGAGUCCCUCCGGGAGGAGAUGGAGGAGGCGGCCAACCGGAUGGAGAUCUGCAGGGAUCAGUUGUCAGCAGACAUGUUCAGUUUUGUGGCCAAAGAAAUGGACUAUUCAAAUUACUUUCAGACGUUGAUAGAAAUCCAGGCCGAGUACCACAGGAAGUCGUUAGAGAUCCUCAACAGUGUUCUGCCCCAGAUUAAAGCACAGCAAGAGGCGUGGGUGGAGAAGCCGUCCUUCGGGAAGUCCCUGGAGGACCAUCUGAACAUCAGCGGCAGGGAGAUCGCGUUCCCCAUCGAGGCCUGCGUCACCAUGCUGCUGGAGUGUGGCAUGCAGGAGGAGGGCUUGUUCAGGGUGGCGCCGUCGAACUCGAAGCUAAAGAAGCUGAAGGCGUCGCUGGACUGUGGGGUUCUGGAUGUGCUGGAAUACUCUGCUGACCCCCACGCCAUCGCAGGGGCUUUGAAGUCAUACCUCCGUGAGCUCCCCGAGCCGCUGAUGACCACCGAGCUCUAUGAUGAAUGGAUCCAGGCUUCAAAUCUUCAGGAUUUGGAGAAGAGGCUACAGGGUUUACUGUGCGCCUGUGAGAAGCUCCCCACAGACAACUUGAACAACUUCCGAUACCUGAUCAAAUUCUUAUCCAAGCUGACCGAGUACCAAGACGCCAACAAGAUGACCCCGGGCAACAUGGCCAUCGUACUGGGGCCCAACCUGCUGUGGACGCACACCGACGCAAACAUAACGGAGAUGAUGACCACGGUGUCGCUGCAGAUCGUGGGCAUCAUCGAGCCGAUCAUCCAACACGCCGACUGGUUUUUCCCUGGAGACAUUGAGUUCAACCUGACGGGGUGCUACGGGAGCCCCAUCCACAACAACCACAACUCCAACUUCAGCUCCAUGCCCUCGCCAGACAUGGACCACACGGAGCGCAGGCAGCAGCACGACCUGGGCCGAAGGCCUCUCAGCGUCGCCACGGACAACAUGAUGCUGGAGUUCUACAAGAAGGAUGGCAUUAGGAAGAUACAAAGUAUGGGCGUGCGUGUGAUGGACACCUCCUGGGUGUCCCGUAAGGGUUCGUCCACGCUGGUGCGCAAGACCUCCUCCACCCCCCCCGGCCUGCAGGGGGGGGGGUUGGGCCCCCCCGCCGACUCCCUGAUCCUGGAGCAGCCCGGCGAGCUCAGCACCUCGCCCUCGGCCACGCCCCCCCCUGGGGACAGGGAUCUCCCCGACGACGUGUCGCCCCUACGGCCGGACCCCUCCCACCCCUACCCUCCCCCGGGGGGCGGGGAAGAGCGCCCGCCCCCCCCCUACCCCUCCUCCUCGGCCCAGCACCACUUCUACCCCAAGCCCCCGCCCUGCGUCCGCCCCGUGGCCCCGGGGCCCGAGUCCCAGCCGCCCAGCUCCCCGCCCCCGCCACUGCGCUGGGCCGGCUUCCCCCCCCCGGCCCCGCCGCCCCCCUCCUCCUCCUCCUCCUCUUCGUCUUCCUCGCUGGACAUCAACUCCAACCCCAAGCCCAGCUGCCUGCACUUCCCCAGCAAGCACGGCGGGGCGGCCGACGCUGCCCACGACACGGCCGGCGCCUCGCCGCUCUACAUGAAGGCCCCCCUGGCGCUGCCCCCCUCCGCGGGGCACGCCCGCCACGACAUGUCCCCCGGGAACCCCCCCAGCCUCCCCUCGUCCGCUCCCCCCCCCCCGCCGUGGGCCGCCUGUCCGUGCGCCCGGGAGAGAGGCCCCCCCGCCAGGCUGACUAGCACCCUGAAGAGCAAAGAGCUGUCCCCCGUCAUCGGACACAAGGGCAUCCAGGUGGUCGGCCCCACCGUCCCGCUCAGCAGCUGCCCCCCGCUGGGCAGCCAGUCCCCCCACUCCACUGAACCCAGUCCACACACCCUCCGCAAAGGCUCCAAGAAGCUGGCGCCGGUGCCGCCCAAGGUCCCGUACGGCGGGGGGGUGUCGGACCAGUCGGCGGGGGGGCAGCCCUCGCCCGUCAGCCUGUCCCCCACCCCGCCCAGCACCCCCUCCCCCUACGGACCGCUCUGCCCCCCGGGGCCCCUGAUGGCGCUGGGGGCCUCGCCGGGGGGGGGCCAGCCGCCGCCGCCGCCCGGCAGCGGGCCCUACUCGCUGUCGUCGCCGCCCUCCCUGGCCGGCACCCUCACCAAGUCCCGUCCGGGCCACAGCAAGCCCCGGCAGCGGCCCAGCCUGCCCCCCCCCCAGCCCCCCAGCGCCCCCCCGCCCGACCCCGAGCUCCUGGAGGGGCUGUCCCCCGGGGAGAGCAUGUCCACAGAUAUCUUCAAUUAUGAAAUCCCUCCCAUCAAUGUCAAUCUGGACAGCCUCAUCGACGAGUUCAGCGGCGCCCCCUGCAGGAGAUACAUGGGAUACUACAUGGCAGACUCUCCGGAGGGAGACGCUGUCGCGGAGGAGGAGCCCCAGAGCACCACCCUAUGACCUUUGACCUUUUGAUCCCCCCCCCCCCCUAAAAAAGGGCCUCACUUGUCUUACCGCCAUUGCGUUUGCGGCUCAUUCGUCCACACACACCACACAUACAAACACACACACAAACGCAAAGAUACACCCGCGCAGAUUCACACACACACACACACACACACACACACACACACACACACACACACACACACACACACACACACACACACACACACACACACACACACACUCCCUCAUCCGCUGCAGGCUGCAUAGAGAACUCAUCUCCUACAAUGCUCGCUAGUUCGUUGGGUUCGAACUAGCGAGUUCGUUAAAAACACACCAAAAUGCCAUAGUGGAGCUCAGCUGCCUUUUUUAGAGGGGAAAAAAGACUGGAAAAUAUGCCAAGUUCAUUUGCUGAAUCGUUUGACAAUUUCAUUUGUUUUUGCUAAGUUUUGUUCAGACGUUUUUCCGAACAGUGCUUUGUAUUUUUAUGUUAAUGUGUUUUUUGUUUUACAUUUGUUUUUGCCUUACUGUAAAAUCGCAAUCGAAUUGCCAAAUGAACUUUUUCGCCGUCUGUACAACCAACGCUCAGAGGGAAAAGCUCAGAGCCCGGUCGGACAGGUAGCCAGUGCUCAGGAUCGUGUGGGAGGGUGAGGGGCUGACUGGGUGAGGGAGUGAGGCAGGAGAGAAAUGUGUGCACGGGUAGACAGCGCAUGGGAGACCGAGAAAUCCAUGUGCAGUAUUUUCCACAAUACAGGGUAACACAGUGUUGAGCGAACGUCAGGGCAGCCGCUGGAGCCGUGGGCUUCAAUUCAAGCGACAUCCCAAAAUGAGUCCCGCUGUUCUUGUUGCAUACGCUCCCCUCUCCUCCUCCUCCUCCUGCCACCUCCUGCAGCGGGAUCCUCGUGUUUCUGCGGAGCUCCGAAGCAGUCCAGUGAAUUAUGUUACGUUAGAUGUAGGUGUCACUUUAUUAUUUAUUUCGAUAUAGGAUUAUUAACACAAACUGCACAUACACUUUCAACAGCACAGGACAGGAAUGUCGAAUUGUAAAAAAUAAAUAAAUAGAUAUAAUAAUAAUAAACAGGUUUAUAGACAUGCAUCUUUAUAACUGAGGCACUGAUAUGUUGUUUUGCAUGAGGAAUUUCCGUGACUUUUGACCUAAUUGAAAACAU